AUGGCACACAAGCCCACCACGCGCCCGUUGCUGCCCAUUGAAACGUGUCGCAGCAACUCGGCCACAGAAGCCUCCAUGUCCACAACCGAAAGCUGCGCCAUCGAAGCCCCCGACGUGGAUGGAGACUUAGCGUUGCGGGUCUUUGAUUCGUUGGACACGAUCCACUCGGGGGUGCUGUCCCCCGCGCUCUUGGCGGGGGGGAUCCGCGCCGCCGCCGCCACGUGUCGAUUGAGUUUGCACGGAGACAUUGAUGGUGUGGUGGGGCAAGUAUUUUUUCAACGCUGGCACAUUGACGCCACUCAAUUUGCCGAUGUCGUCACGUCGCUGCCCAACCUCCGCACCAGUGUGUUUGACCCCCCUAAAACCCCUAGAAGCGGCAUUGACGGCAAUGACAAUACUACCAACGGAAGAAACCCCUCGCGUCUUCACGCCAUGUGGAUGUUGUUCCAAGCGUACCCGUCCUCAAUCAAAGUAUGGUGGGGGCUCUACGCGGUUCUAAACGUAGCAGUGUUUCUGUGGAAGUUUGACGUGUACCAUCAACGCAAGCCCGCGUUCAACCUGUCCGGGUACAGUGUGUGCAUCGCGCGGGGGGCCGCGCAAGUGAACCUCCUUAACGGCUUCUUCUUGCUCUGGCCCACGUUCACACGACUGCAGUACGCCGUCACCAAGGCCAAUUUAGACAUCGCGCACGCCCUCGCUCUGGAGCACCGCGUGGUGUGCCACAUGGUGCACGGCAUCUUGUUUUACAUUUCCGGCUGGGUGCACGUGGCAGGCCAAGCGGUGAGCAUUUGGAUCAAGAUCCCCCGGGCGUCGAGGGACGCGUGGGCACAAUCGGUGCUGUCCAAAGCGCCCGAGUUUGCGGGGAAGCCCAAGCCAGGGCCGAUGGGGUUUGUGGUGACGCUCACGGGGUGGACGGGGGUCGUGAUGGUCGUGUGCAGCGUCGUCGCAUGCGUUUUCAAGACGGCAUACGUCCGGUCCCGACGCCGCAACAUCCGGUGGAACAUGUUGGCCCAUGUGUUGGACGGCAUUAUGUUUUGCCUAACGUUUGUGCAUGGCGUCCGCGGAUGGCUCGAACCCCCGCAGGCGGUUGUGUUUCUCGCCAUCCCCACGAUCGUGUACGUUGUCGUCGAAGUGUUUCCGCGAUACUUUUGUACACGACUGUCGGCCGUGUCGCACUUCACCAAGACAAACGACACGCUCACGCUGUACAUCCCCAAGACGAAACGGUUUCAGAACGUCCUCCCCGGGUCGUUCCUUCGUCUUCAUGUGCCCCUUGUCCACAAGUACGAGUGGCAUCCGUUCAGCAUCACCGCACAAGACAAGCACGAAGUGGCGGUGCAGAUUCAAGUGUCGGGGGACUGGACCCGACGCCUCUACGACGUGGUGCACCCCCAUUUGUAUGUUCACAUCGACGGCCCCAUCCCCGCGCCCGCCGUGGAAGUGCGCCAGUACAGCGUCGCAGUGUUGUUUGGGGCUGGCAUUGGCAUCACGCCAUACAUCUCCGUUCUGCAGCAAUGCCUCGUGGACGCUAAGCAACACGACCUCUCGUCGCGUCGACAUUCGACCCCCCACAUGGGACAACAAGUGUACGUGCAUUGGCAGACCAACAAGCAAACAAUGUUCAAGACCCACCAGCACAUAUUGGAGCAAAUGGGGGCCCUGCCCAACCUCGAUGUCCAGCUGUAUCUGACUGGAAACUUCGCCAAGACCGCGCCGGACGCCACCGAUGUCUUGCGCGUGCUCCAAAAGAUGACAAGUACCUGCGUGGACAGCAAUUCUGUGGACCCAAUCUCUGGACUGGCCAAUUUGCCGUUGCCAACCAAGUUGGGAAGACCCAAGUACCAUGGCAUUCUCACAGCCGUGGCGAACGCCCAUCGACAUGCGGAGAUUGGAGUGUUUUUCUGCGGUCCUGCCGCCAUCAAGACCACCAUUCGAGACACGUUGCACCAAGUCACCACCGAGUGCCACAAAGCAGGCAACAACGUGACCCUCAAGUAUCACCCCGAGGUGUUUUAA